GAUGUCUUGCAUAUACAAGUGGGAUUAGCCAAAAAUUAAAAGAUAAAAUCGGCCAAUAAAGCUUUAAUCAGCGAAGUUUUUCAUAGAGAUCUAAAUACGCAUUUUCAAAGUUAAAUCUCAGUUCAAUAAUGUCCUAUAUAGAUUUGUCCUUUAAUAAACGAAAAGGCCAACUAUGCAGGUUGUUUGGUAUAGGAUGUCGCUAAGCAACACGGCAACACGAAGACCAUACAUUAAACAUAAAUUCCUCGAGUCAUGUCUGUCAAAACGUCGACGUAGCUAUUGUGACCCAGGGUGUAGGAUGGAUUUCGACAGAUUUCACAAUUAGUUGAAAAUGAGGUCUACAAUUGGAAAGAAAUGCGAAUAAAAUGUCAUUGUUCAAAGUACGGGAUUUGUGGUCGACGAGGUGCGGGCAGAACGAAGUUUUUGAACAGUCGUCCCUUCACGUCGCGGAUCUCAACGGCGAAGGUGCCGACCACAUAAUCGUCGGAAGUCACCAUGGAAUCCUCAGGAUUUUCAGCCCGUUUUCCGAGCCACCCGAAGCCGCGGACGAAAAGGGCUUUGCACCGACGGAUUUGGUGAUAGAAAUAGACCUGGCACAGCCUAUUAUUCAGAUAGCUACAGGAAGAUUUAUGUCGGGGUCAAAGAGUAAAACACUAGCAAUACUGCAUCCGAGAAGUAUAGCUGUUUACAACUUUGUUACGCUCUCUGGUUCCACUGAUCAUGGAGAUCAAAGUCAAUUAUUUAUAGUGUAUGAACACCAAUUAAAAAGAGCAGCUUAUAGCAUGAUUGUCGGAGGGUUUGGCGGUGUGGAAGGUAGAGACUUCAUUUGUGUGCAGGGUUUAGACGGUACUCUUAUGUUUUACGAACAAGAAACGCUAACUUUAACUCGUUCCUUGCCAAAUUUUCUUAUCCCUUCGCCAUUCGUCUACAUUCCCCAUACUGACUCUUUUAUAAUACUAAACGCGAACUGGCAUCUUGAAUCUUACAGGUACCAGAUCUUGGGUGAAGAUUCUUCCCCAAAAUUGACACCUUCUUGGUCGUAUAACUUAGGCGAGGCGAUAAACGAAUUGCACUUUUUAAGCGUAACUACAACAGAAGCGGCGAUAUUUGCUCUGAGCGAUAGAAAUAUUUAUUGCUUCAGCGAAACUGGAGUAAUGAAAUUCUGUAAAAGAUUACAGUAUACUCCUAUUUGCUCUUCUAUUUACUCAAGAGGUGAGCCAGUGGUGAUGUCACUUGUUGCUACAGAUACAAACCAAUUGAUGAUAUACGAACAAACAACAUUAAAGUGGUCUGCGCAAAUUUCCUUGACACCUGUCGCAGUUAUUAAAGGCAACUUCAAGGGCAUAGUCGGGUGUCUGGUAUUACUAUCUGAAGAUGGUGAACUUCAAUGCUGUUACCUUGGCACAGAACCGACAAUGUUUGUCCCACCGCCUAUACCAAGCGGAACAUCAACAAUUUCAGAACUUGAAUCAAAAUUAGCUACACUUCAACAUCAAAUAGCUACAUUUUCUCAAACAGCAAAGAACACUUUGGGAGCACCGACGAAUCUACCUGAUUUGAAAUUGAUACCGAAAGUAUGGCCGCUUUUGGAACAAGAGACAGCUUGCAAGUUUGAAGUGUCAGUUCAGGCAUUGACACCCGUUCACAACAUACAUAUAACUGUAACCGUCCAGCAUCCAAUGCUCGCUGUGCCCGUUUCGCACUACAUCCCGAAUCUUAAUGAUAAAAUUGAAGUGUUUUCGAAUAUAAGUGUCAGCGCAAGUCACACUGUUCCUUGGGAUCUUGAUGUUAAUGUUUUAGCGGUUUAUUUAUGCUCCGAUGACAGGUGUGGCACGGCACAAGCAAGUUUAACACUGCCUCCGCAUUUAGUUUUGGAGCUUGCUCCACCAUCUAAAGACUUAGAAUCGACUCUCAUCCUUUCUGCUUCCCAUGCAGUUAUUCUUCCAACACUUUUUCCAGAAUUCGGUGCUGAUUCUUGGAAUGAAACUGGAAGUAAUGAACUUCAAGCUGGCUUCAGAUAUAAAAAUAUGGCUGAUACAAACUUCACAAUAACAGUGAAUAAAAAUCAGCAAAAAUACAGAUUAGACUCGAACACCAUCACAGCGUUAACACUCCCAGUGACUAUUUUAUCUAAGAAGUUAUCGCCUAAAGGCAUAAAAUCGAGCCAACACACAUUCGGACUGAUUGAAUUAUUGGAUUCUGCCGACAAUAACGUUGAACUCAGAAACAACAUAAGAACGUUGCAGGAAAAACUGAAGGUGGGAACAGCACAAAUGAGAGCCGCACAGAAAAGGCUGCUUACAAAAAUGCGAGAUAAGACGCAAACAGAUUUAUCAGCGCUUAAUGAACUGAUAAACUAUACUCACGAAUAUAUUCUAGAUGCUGCUCAUAAACUAGAGACUGCGCAAAAAGAUCUUAUUGAAAAUGGAACAAGGUUAGGGAGUCUUAUUAGGCUUACACUUAUACUGUGUAAACUGUAUGGUGCUUCAAAUGAAGAUGUGAAAAAAUUAUCGGAUGCUUUAUCUCACACUAAUCAUAUCGGAGAAAAUCAGGGUUGGGCUGAGGUGACUGAAGCCGCAUUGAAUUAUUUGUUACGAACGACGUUAGCAAGGUCCAUGAGAGAUCAAUACAUGCCUCCAGUACCCGAAGACAAUAUCGUAACAGAUUCCACCCUGCUAAAAAAGUAUAUCGCAAUUUCGAUUGAAAGAGUCAUCAAAGGGCAAAAAAUUGACGAUAGAGUUUCAUCUCCAAUUUUGGAAGAAGAAGAAGAUGGUAUAUUCAAAGAAAACUUGCACUCAAGGAAACCAGAAUUUUUUGAGGACUUUGAUGAAGAAGUAAAAGAGCUUUUGCGACAGACAUCAUUAAAUGAGGAUACAGAUUAGGGUGAUUAAAUCUUGACGGUAUUAAAGGGUUUUAAAUUUAUAUUUUAUUUAUAAAAAUAAUUUUCUUGUAAUAAUAUAUGAUUAUUUACUUUAAGAAUGUGUAGUGUGAUCAAACAUGUAAAACACGAUUAGAUUUUCUUAAAACAUGUUUUUCAGUAUAAUUGUUGUUUUAUAAAUGAAACAUUGGAAAGAUAAAUAUUAAAA